AUGGCAAAUAUGGAGGCUGAAAUAAGGGAUCUGAAAAAGCAGGUUAGUUGUUAAGAGAGGCUAUCAUUAUAAGCAAAUUCUAGGGUUUCAGUUCAGCUUAAAACGAAUAAGAUAUAGAAGAAGUAGAAAUGAGGGACGUGAAUAUAUUUGAAAAUGUUUGUUUAAAUAAAACACAUUUUACUUUGGAACUAUUCUUGUGAAUUUCAUACGAAUAAUUUUUAAAUUGACAAAAAUUCACAGAGAAACAUGACCAUUUUUAUGAUGUUUAUUUUUAGAUUCUCACUCUACAACAAAAAGUGAAUGCAAAAACAGACACAAUAGUUCGCCUCGGGCAAGAUUUGCAGAUAUCUGAAAAUGAGAAAAAUGUACUAGAUGCGCGUGUGAAAACAUUGGAAAGAAAUUUGGAACGAGCGGAAAGGGAAUCUGAAUUUGCAACUGCGGUAUGAUUUUUUCCUUUUGCUCAAAAAUAUUUCAAAGAUUUUAGAGUGAAGCGAAUCAAAAACUUCAAUAUUCUAAUGAGCGACAAGAUUUGCUUGAAGAUUUGAACAGAUUCAAAAAAGAGAAUCAGAUUCUGAAACGAGAAAAACAAGAACUGGCAGAUGAAAAAGCCGAACUCCGCAAAGAUUGUAAAACAUUCCGACAAACAAUUGCAAGAUAUGAAGUUGAAAAAUUAGCGGGGACAGCGAGGAGAAAUACAUUAUCAGAAGAUGAACCAUCUACGAGUAGUUUGCAUAUUCAUGAAAAAUUACAAACAAAAUACAAACAAAUCGAAUCAGAUUUACAAACUGUACUUGGAAUAAAAGAGGAACUUUUAAUCGAGAGAGAUGAAUUACAACAAAAAGUGAGCAGAUUGAGCAAUGAGUUAUCAUAUUUACUGAAUGGAGAUUCUAGAAGAAUUGCGGAAGAUAUUGAUACAUUGGUAGCAGAAAAUCGUUUUCUCAAAGCCCGUCUAAAUACAGCUCAAGAAGAAAGUGAAAGUAUAAAAUCAACAUUAGAAAAAUACAAAACAAUGGCUGAAUCAGUAACAUCACAAAAAACUAGUCCGAAAUCUGAAAAAGUCGAUUCCGAAAAAACAUCUGUCGCCGUCAUAAAUAUGAAGCAAAGUAAGUAAAAUUCGAUAAAAAAAUAAAUCCUCAAAUAUUUUAGUCCGCGAACUUUUGGCUUCUCACUCUAUCGAAUUGGAUGAUUCGGAUUAUCGUGCUAUAACAACAAUUUUGCUCGACUUAUGUAAUGAUAAGCAAAUGGCAUUGGCACAUUUGAGAAAAGCUAAUAAGUGAGUGGCUAAACUACUGAAAUAAUUAUAGUGGGUUUGAAGUUGAAUAUUAUUUUGUUGUUAGGUAGGUUGUAUUAACAGACCUGAUAUCAAAAAGUUAACAAAAGUUAUGACUGAUUUAAAAAAUUAAUCAAUAACCAAUUAUCAAAUUUAUGAAUCAAUCAAAAACUGUAACGUUUCUGAAAUUUUCAGAGUUCUUGGCACACGUCUGCAUGAAGUGGAAACAAAACUUUCGAAUUUCGAAGUUCGUUCCAGAACAUCAAGUCCUCGACAUGAAAACAAUGUUGAACUACAGGUGCCUUCAAAAUAA